CAUAAAUAUUUCAGAUAAAUUUGAAACACAAGAUCUUCUUCAAUUUUAUAAAUUAAGAAAUAUUAUUGAUCAAGAAGAAUCUUUUGGCUAUGAACCAUUUCCUGAUAUAUUUCUUGGUCCAAAAUCGAAAAAUGCCAUUUUACAAAAUGAUAUUUUAGACCUUUUAGUCGAAUUUUAUAACAAUGGAGUAACAGGUUAUCAAUUUACCACUCCAGGAGAUAUAUCAGGAAUUGAUCAAAUAUCUGUAUUUUCCAAAAUAAUUCAAUAUGGGCGAUUAAAAUUGGGGUCAGAAAUUUUUAGAUCUACAUUCUCGGCUCGCUAUAUCAAAUCCUCAAAAAUUCUAGCAAGAUUUGUUGCUUAA